GUGUCUCUGCUGCUGGGAAACUCCAGCGCUCGCUACUUCCCGUAAAACAACGAGGGACACGAGCGUUAUGCAAGAACUUUAUUUAUUGCUGUGUUCUAUAUCUAUUAUUAUCAUCAAUAAAAAACGAGCUGUUUUCUGAGAUUGUGCAAUUGAACUCCAAACGUGAGUGGACGCCCCCGAGGAAACACUGGAGGAGGUUUUAUAUUCACCUCAGAAGACGAAGAGUCCGAUCUGCAUAGUGAGCGCCGGGUCUCAGCUGCGUGAACACAAACCAACAGGAGAAGACAUCAGCUCUGAUUUCACCUGGAAGGGGCGUCGUGUGUGUGUGUGGAACUAGGUGGGACUCCCCCGGGUGUGAUGGCGUCCUCCGGCCAGUUUCUGGUGCUGCUGCUCCUCAGCUUCGUCUCAGCCUCACUCGCCUGCUCCUGUGACCGAUAUCCCUGGAGCUCGUGGUCCAGCUGCUCCAGGACCUGCAACCACGGAACCCAGCAGAGACUGAGGAACUUCAAGUUUGACGACUACUACUGGAAGAGCAGCUGCCCUCAGCUGUGUGACCGAGUGGACAGGAGAGGCUGCAACCAGCAGGCCUGUCCCAUCGACUGCCUGCUGACGCAGUUCGAGCCCUGGUCCGACUGCUCACCCUGCGCCAGGAAACAGUUACGCACCCGCUCCGUCCAGAGGCCGUCUCAGUUCGGGGGCUCGGCCUGCGGGGUGGAGCUGACGGAGGAGAGGCCCUGCUUCCCCUCCACAGAGUGCAAGUUAGCGCCUGUCGACUGCAGAGACGACUUCAAGUGUGAUAACGGACGCUGCAUCAACUCCACGCUGACGUGCAACCGGCAGAACGACUGUGGAGAUAACUCUGAUGAGAGGGACUGUGCCGUCCCCUCCGUCGUGUGCCCGGCAGAGAAGAUGGUGGCGCCCGGGGCCGACCUGGUGGGCAAUGGGUUUGAUGCUUUGGCGGAGGAGCCGAGAGGAGCGGUGCUGGACAACAUGUUCAUGGGAGGAAGCUGCGUCAUCAGGAGGCCUCCGACCAUUCUGCUCUACCACCGAGUCCCUCACAACUUUGAAAAGUUCGACAUCAAGGUCGGGGAGCUGCAGGACUUCAGCACUGAGCCACAGCCGCUGCACACUGAAUCCAUCAGUUUGGACAAGUCCAACCCGUCAGGAAGAGCGGACCCGGCGUUUGAAGCUUCAAAGAAAAUGGACUCCAAGUUUUUCCGGGUGCACCAGGUCCUCCCGGUGUCCAGGUUCAAGGUGAAAGAACCGGGCGACCUCGUCCUUUCGCUGCCUUUCCUCCAGUUCCUUCAGGCUCUUCCUCUCCAGUACAACUACGCCCUCUACAGGGACAUCUUCCAGCGCUUUGGGACACACUACUACAGCUCGGGGACACUGGGAGGCCACUACGACCUGCUGUACCAGUACAGCAGAGAGGAGCUCACCAGUUCAGGUGAAACAACAGAGCACGUGAUAGGCUGCCUGGGCAAAGAGACCAGCUGGACCGCCGUCCUCUACAGCCAACACGGCAGCGCCCCCCUCUGCUCCAGCAACACGAUGACUCAGAAAUACAAAGGCUCGUACAUCCAGGCGGCGGAGAAGUCGUUCUCCAGGGUGAAGGGAGGACGGGCCCGGGAGGCAGCUGCUCUGGCCUGGGACCGGCAGGGCCCCGCUCCGGACCGAACCUCCUACAAGAACUGGGCCAAGUCUGUCCUGGACAACCCUGCUGUGGUUGAUUAUAAGCUGCUGCCCAUCAUAGACCUGGUUCGCGGGAUCCCCUGCGCUGCGACGAAGAGGAGGAACCUGAGGAAGGCCCUGCUGCAGUACCUGGGGGAGUUCGACACCUGCAAAUGUGAGCCGUGUCCGAACAACGCCCGGCCCGUUCUGUCCGGCACAGAGUGCAAGUGUGUCUGCCAGACCGGCACCUACGGCACCAACUGUGAGAGACGGGCUCCGGACUUCACCUCAGGUACGACUGAGGCGAUCUGCAGAAAUCUGUCUGAUGAACCUGUUGAUGUGGCUUCUUGUGUCCUUCCCACAGAGGAGGUGGACGGUCGCUGGAGCUGCUGGGGGCCGUGGAGUCGCUGCUCGGCCUCCAUGAAGAGACACCGGGUGAGGGCGUGUGAUAACCCCGCCCCCCUCAGAGGAGGUCAGCCCUGCCAAGGCCCCAACAGGCAGGAGGAGCCGUGUCACAUCAGCAUCUUUGAAUCACAGGGGACGUGUGAUAAUGACGAGGACUUCACUGUGGGCUGGAGAGAGGAGCUGCCUCCUGGCGUUCAGGGCUGUGUGAGGCCACCGAGGCCCGAGAGCAGCUUCCUCAGGAAAGCAAAGCAGUACUAUGACCUUGGUGAGGAGGAGGAGUUCCAGUGCUUCACUGGGUUUGAUCUGGAGGGUUUCCAGUUCUUCAACUGUCUCCCUGACGGCACCUGGAGUCCACCGACAGGAAAAUGCAUCAAGAACCUCUGUCUUCCUCCUGAGAUCCCCGAUGGGAUGACGCUGCUCCCCGACAAAGACCAGUACAGAGUGGGAGAGUCGGUGGGUUUGAGCUGCAUGGAGGCGAACGUGGUGCCGCAGCCGGGAGGUUCAUACCGGUGCAGCACUGGUCUCACCUGGGAGCCUCCGCUGCCGGCUGAGCUGCGCUGCACCGACGAGGAACCGUUUGUCCCCGACGGUCAAUGUGGACCAGGACAGAAACCACAGGACACUCGAUGUGUCUGUGUCCAACGGGAGAGCUGCCAGUCACAACAAGCAGGUCUCUGCGUCCUGAACCUGGACGUCGGCGUCACCGUGUCGAUGUCCCUCUGCUCCUUCCACGCCGGCCGGUGCCACGGCGACCCGCUCUUCUUCGUCAGCGAGGGCGAGUGUGAUGCGUCUGAACUGGGAAAACUGGACUGGGCCCAGUUCAGAGCCAAGAUGUCGCCCAGGAGCUCGGCUCAGGAGCCCUGUGGUCUCGACACCUGCUACGAGUGGGAGACUUGUUCCGCCUUUAAGAAGUGCGAGUGUCGAGCAGCUCGUGACUGUCGUGGACCCAGCGAGCACGUGUUCUGUGUGAAGCUGACGAGGAGCCAGAGGACUCGAGCUCUGGACCUCUGCUCCAUGGCCGCGCUCAAAUGUGCCAGCUACGAGUUUGAGAUCCUCGGUGAAGGAGCGUGUGAGUCCAGAUGAUUGGAUUGUUCCUCUCAGGCGUCACUAAGUGAAGCUGCAGCGUCACCGAACUUCUCCGACCGGGUUUGAUCCGAGAUGCUUUGUGAGGACGUGACAGUGAUUUUGGAAAAGUGUCUCAAAUCAUUCUUGACGACAGGAGGAGAUCGUUUCUCUGUUUAACGUUUUUCACAUGUAAUGAUAAUUACAUUUCUUUCAGUAUGAACCUCCCCCCUGCAUCACUUCCUCACUGUAUAGAAUCUAUUUACUGCUCGGGUAUCGGCCUUCAAAUAUUUGUGAAACCCUGAAAUUACAUUGAAAAAAAUAAAGAAAACUAAACCACGAUUUCUUUAUUCAGUUAAAUAUACGAUAUGUAACUUUGUCCACUAGGGGUCUCUCAAUCAAAACAAUAACAGAACACCUAUAGUUGAUGAUGUCGUGAAGCAGCGUGGGAUCAUGGGAGUUGAUGUCUUCACCACCUUUGUCACAAAUUGAUUAAAUAUUAAUAUUAAUAUUA